CCAACAAGUCAUGACUCUUUACCAUUACAACAACCAGUUACCCAAACCCCAAAUACUUUUUUCAAUAGUCCAGGUAAUACUUCCUUUAUGAGAAGUGAAAUCAAGAAGGGAAUAGCAAUUGGGAACUAUAACAGUCAAUUUGCAACAUAUCUUUCUUUUAAAAAAGGUGAUAUAAUAGUAUUGGAGGCAAAAGAAGGAGAAUUUUGGAGAGGUCGUCUUGGUGCCCAUAUAGGUUUAGUUUCACAAAACUAUAUAAAAGAAAUUGAAAAUCAACCAGUAACAGGGGUCGCAACAGUUACAAAUAAUAAUAUUAAUAAUAACAUUAAUCAAGUAUCACAACCAACAUUUAACAGCUCUAUUAAUAACCAUAUUAAUAAAAACAAUAAUAAUAAUAAUGGUAGUUCACCAAUAACAACACCAACUAAACAAGAGGACCCAAAAGAAAAAAUCCAACCAACACAACCACAAAUACAACAAGAUGAGGAUGAGGCAAUUGCUAAAAAAAUUAGAGAUUCAUUCACACACUUUCAAUCUAAAGAGGAAUUACUUGAAGCAAUUCAAAAUUUAGCAAUUAAAUUUGUAAAACAAAGUUCAGUUUUAAAGAAAGAGUUGGCUCAAGAACAAGCUCAAAGAAAGGAGUUAGAGGAGGAAUUAAAAUUUAUUAAACACAAACAUAAUUUAUUAUAAAAAAAAUAAAAUAAAAAGUAUUUAUUAAAUU